AUGGGGUUUAAGAGUGGGUUGAGACCCUUUAUUGGCUUGGAUGGAACCUUCUUGAAAGGAAAGGCCAAAGGUCAGCUUUUAGUUGUUGUUGCUCUUGAUUCAAUGAAUCAUUUUUAUCCUAUUGCUUGGGCUGUUGUGGAUAAAGAAACAAAGGUCACCUGGACCUGGUUCUUGACAUUGUUGAACAAUUCAUUAGACCUCAAGCUAGGGGAAGGAUACACAUUCAUGUCAGACAUGCAGAAGGGCUUGAUUGAGGCAGUUCAGGCAGUACUUCCUGAUGCACACCACAGAUACUGUGUGAGGCACAUAGAGGCUAACUGCUAUGAAGAAGACUUCAAGGAUCAAUUGAAAAACUUGGGAGAAGUUGAUGAAAAAGCUGCUGAAGACCUGUUAAGGUAUCCUCCACAAUCAUGGUGUAGAACAUACUUUGACACAGUAUGCAAGAACCAACAAGUGGACAAUAACCUAACAGAAUCCUUCAACUCAUGGAUACUAGAAGCUAGGCAUAAGACAAUAAUCAGAAUGCUUGAAGACAUAAGAGUCAAGGUGAUGAAUCUGUUGAGAGAGCAAAGUGAAGUGCUGACUUGGACUGAAAAUGUAAGUCCUCAUACCAUGCAGUUAUAUUACCUAUUCUUGAAUAGUGCACCAAAAUGUACUGUUGAUUCUAAUGGAAAAGAUGGAUAUGAGGUGAAUGAAGGAACUACUGAAAAGCAUAGAGUGAACAUCAACCUGAAAAAAUGUACUUGCAGAACAUGGGACCUCACUGGGAUCCCAUGUCCUCAUGCAAUUAGAGCAUUACUGUACAAAAAAAUUAAUCAUGUGUCUGAGAUUCAUUGGUGGUUCACCAAGGAUGCUUAUCUCUCCACGUAUGCACGUAAGUUAGAACCAAUUAGAGGAGAGAAGUUCUGGAAUAUAGAGCCAACUCAUGCAAUGGAUCCGCCAAUGCUAGUGAAUAUGGCUGGUAUGCCUAAAGUGAAGAGGACUAUAGAAAAGAAUGAGACAAUAAAUAGGCAAAGGGAGUGGUCUCAAUCCAGAAAAGGCAGGGUGACGACUUGUUCCACAUGUGGAAAGCCUGGGCAUAAUGCUAGGGGAUGUCAAAAGCAAAGCAAGGGAAGCAACCACAGGAAGCAAUCAAUCAGCAAUGCAGAAGCUGAUUUUGACUAUCCUGAAGCAGACAAUCCAGACCCACUUAUAAUGCCAAGGCAUGUGUCAGAGGCAAAGACUAGACUCCAAAGGAGGGAGCAACUAGGCAAAACAACUGGAACAAGGACUAUUAACUUUGUUGGUGAUGCCAGUUGUAUGAGUUUGCCAACACAACUUCCUUACUCACCCAAAAAUCUUACAUGGAGAGGAAAAGAUGCCAUAACAGGAAACCAAUUAGAGAGGCAACGACUAGCCAAGAUGAAGUCAAGGAAGGGAAAUGGAAAUGAACAGAACUAG